AUGGCUGGGAACCUCCUCAUUGUUGUGCUGGUUGUGACUGAUCGACAUCUUCACACCCCCAUGUACUUCUUCCUAGGGAACCUCUCCUUCUUGGAAUCUUGCAGCAGCUCAACCAUCCUGCCUAAAAUGUUGUCAUGCAUGCUGACUGGGGGGGAAAGUAUAUCUGUCCAAGCCUGCUUCUUGCAGUUUUUCAUCUUUUCUUGCCUGGGUGGUGCUGAAUGCUACCUCCUUGCUAUGAUGUCUUAUGACAGGUACUUGGCAAUUUGUAAGCCGCUCCACUAUGCUACUCUAAUGAAUGGCAGAGUGAGCCUCCAGUUAUCCGUUGUGUCUUGGGCAAGUGGAGUUUUGGUUAGCACAAGCUUAACCUUAUCACUCUCAUGGUUAUCCUUUUGUGGUCCCAAGGAAAUUGAUGAUUAUUUUUGUGAUGUUAGCUCUAGCAUACGACAUAUUUCUUGUAGUGACACUCAUUUAUUUGAACUAUCAGGUUUCAUAUUUACCUGUAUUUUCACCCUACCUCCCUUCCUCCUCACCCUAAUCUCCUAUAUUUCCAUCAUAGCCACAAUCUUCAGAAUCCCAUCCACCACUGGAAGGACAAAGGCCUUCUCCACCUGUUCCUCUCACCUCACAGUGGUUGCCUUGUAUUAUGGAAGUCUGAUGCUUGUCUAUAUGCUCCCUCGGUCAAAGGAUUUAAUACAUAUGAAGAAAGUCUUCUCUCUCUUCUAUACAGUCUUGACCCCCAUGGUCAAUCCCCUCAUAUACAGCCUGAGAAACAUGGAAGUGAAGAAAUCCCUGAAAAUGGGCUUCAGGAAGGUUCUAUUCUACAUUACAGCAUGA